UACCCGUUCUUAAACAACUCAACUAUCCCAACCAAUAAAUCGAUUCCAACCGAAAGCUUUCAUUUUCUCAACAUCCGUUUCCGCCUACCUCUCUGCUUUCUCCCCAUCCAGAAUCGGACGACUCGCCGGGAAUGUACCUCCGGGAUGACUUUCUCGGUCGGCCCACGGAACUACGUGCCCCGACGGCGGAACGUGCCGCCCUUUUCCUCGAUCUGGCCCUGUCCGGCCGGGCGCAGGGCAGCAGUAAUUUCGAACCGGCACUAAUUUAUACGCUGCACGUCUACCAGUACAGUUUGUCUGGCAAACGGGGAGUGGAAGGUGGCCGAAGUCGAUUGCAUCUAAUCGAUCUUGGAGGCUGUGCCAAUCGGAGUGGGGGACUUCCGCUGUCUGGAAUUGGGAAUGUGCUGCUGGCGAUUCUCAGUGGUCAGAAACAUCCACCCAACAGAGACCAUCCGUUGACGCCGCUGCUACGGGAUUGCUUGGCUCCGUUGACCUGUCACGUGGCGAUUGUUGCCCAUGUGGCCCACUCUCAGUCACAUACCGACACGUUAACGACGAUCCAGUUGGCCUCCCGUAUUCAUCGGCUUCGUCGGCGGAAACCUCGACAUCAUUUGUUUGCCGGGAGGGCGGCAGAACUUGCAGGGUCCUCUGGUCAUCAAUCAGGGGGUUCUUCAGAAGGCCCCGAUCCAUCCAGUUCUGAUUUUUCCCAGGAUACCGUAAUCUAUGUAGGUCCAUGUGAUGACGCAACCGAUGGUGAACAUCCACCGGUCUACCUGCCAAGUCUCAACUCUGGUGACAACCGCUGUGCCAUGAAUAAAGUCCUUAAAGGUUCAGCGGCGGAGAAACCCACCUCAACUCCCACAGCCUCACCACAGAAAAAGAAAACUUCUUCCACAUCCAAGCGUAAGAGCGACACCCUUCCCCAUCCCGGGAGAAUUAGUUUGUUCAAACCCGAUUCUUACCUCCUUACAGCUCAAAAUCCUGCCCCAGCACCGAUCCCCACUCGUACCGAUAGUCUUAAGAGGAAUCAAACGUACAAUCAACAAUCCGUCGCUGCGGGACCAGAGCUGGUGGCCAGUGCCAUCCAGAUCGCUUCCCAGCAUGCCUCUCCUAAAAUUGUUGCCGGAGCCUUCAAACACGUAACCGGGGUUAGUAGAGGCUCUAACAUCCCUACACCCAAGGGUUCACCCAUGAGACGUCCCAUUCCUGCUGCGACUUCUGCUUCAGCAACUGCUACUCGCGAAAGUCCAGCUCGACAACUCGGUGAAGAAAAGUGGAUCGAUGGUCCUCGGGUUUCGAAAUCCAAGGUUCAUGAAGCUCGGCAUCUAUUGAGAGAGAUUAACCACGUCAAGAGUCAUGAAACCUGGAUUGAUGGACCUAAAACAGCCAAUGCGACUCAGGCGUUCCUUCCCCCGUCAGCGCACAGCAAUCAGAGCUAUGGUUUUAUGGAUAACCACAAGAAGUCCAUGAUCCGACAAUGGGUUGAGAAUCAAUCUAUGCAGCUUUUGCAGCAAUCCGUCUCGGCCAACAAUUCUCCAGUGCACAGUAGACACCACAGUUACAACCCACCACGAUUCAAACCAAGUAAAUCAGACGAAGACGGAUUCGUUCUCGAACUAGAACAUCAAGAAGAGCUGGUGAAUCCAAUUGCGUUCCGUGGAUUCACCGCUACCAGUGGUGUCGUCAACAGUUCCGAAUGCCACGUUCGAACAGGCCUAAAGCAAGCUUACAGCUUGGACAACCCGGAUUUACAGCAGAAUGCCAGCAUACCUGUGUACGCCACGGUAACACCUUCCGCCGCUAAGGCCACCACAGCAAAUGCUUCCAGUGCCACUGUCCCUUGUCCGAAUCCAGCACCAGCAACGGCCGUCACCGACAAUCAAUCGGAGAAAUCCCAUCCACCUUCGUCGCAUGCAAGUGAGAAACCCGUUAGUAAGCACGGCGACAGCCAGGAAGAAGAAGACCAGGACAGUGGACCGUCGGAAGUUCCACCAGCACUGCCACUAAUGAACCCUCUGGGUUCACGGGAAAUCUCCCACGAAAGCAUCCAUCAUCUGUGUUCGCGGCACGUAUCGCGAGACAACAUGAGCGUCCACAGUCAGCAUAGUUACAAUGCCGGCAUGAUGGACUGUGGACUGCAGGUCACGGAAGACGACAUCGCUAGGACUAUGGGAGGGGAGCAUCCUCUGAGUGCGCUGAGUCACGGAGACGUAUCCGUUGUAUCGAGCUUCAAUGUCGCUGGAGAUGCCUUCAGUGAUUGCGUCAUCGGUGAUAGCAUGCGAAACCAAUUCGACCAACUUGCCCGAUUGCGAGAAAUCUUCACCUCUCAGCUAGCAAUGGCCGAGGUGACUCCAGCCUUCCGUCUAGGUGACACCGGUAGUGUCUACAGUGAACCUGCCUAUCGCUUCAACACUGGAGCCGCCAGCGUUUGCAGCGAACCAGCGUACCGUCCACCGAGUCCUCGCUGCCGUGACUGCCGACAAUCGCUUUCCCUCUCCCGAACUCCCAGUCAGUGUUCUCUACCUAGCCUAACAGGAAUCGUUGCGAUAGCCGGAAUGGAACAGUAUGCUUCCCUUCGACAUCCCGACGGUGCUUCGGAUCCCAAUCUGCCAAAACUAGGAGAAAACAACGAAGAACCUCUGGACCCCGAGGAACACAUCCGAGAGAACCCUCUAGCAGACCUCGACGAACAGGAAGCUCUCAAAGAAAGUACCUCUCUCCUGCCCCAGCAAACCCUUCCAACCCUUCCACUGCUCCCACUUUCCACACCGGAAGCCUACGACAGCGGCCACGACUCCACCCCACGAACUUCCAAACAUUCCGGCAUUUCUCGACGGGCGGAAAGUGGCUACCAUAGUGUUGGGACCGUUCGUGACAGCGACGAAAGCAGCUUCGGGUCGGCUGCAUCCCGUGCCAAUCAGAAAUCCAAGAAACGAAACCGCCACGACAAAUCUCUCUGCCACUGGCUGCGGAAUCCCUUCAACUGUACCUAUCCGGACACGGAGGGCGACGUGAGUGACUUCUAGGGGUUGCCGUCGGACGAGGUGAACGAUUGUAGCUAAGUAGCUUAAUUCGGUUAUAUGUGUAUGUGUAGCAUUCUUUGAGUUUCGCGUUGUCUGUUGAGAAAUCAGGAUAGUUUGCUUGGUGUGCGUCCCCCUCCCGGGAGGUGGGGUUAAUGUUUGCAAGACAAUAAACGAAAUCGCAGCUUUCUCCGUUUUUGCGCGAUCGCCAGCCCUCUGUCCGGACGAAGAAUUUUCGAAGAACCAUCGACUAUAAGACUAAAACUAUUUUAUAACCGUAAGAAGCUGCUGUAAGAGAAUGCCGAACGCAAGUGAUUGUUGUUUAAGUUUCGAAGGAAAUCAGUGGUGCAUUUCGGGACUAAGAAGCUAUUUGUACAGUAAACAAUUUUAUAGACUAUAUUAUACUUAUAACGGUAUAGGGAUAGAAUUAUACACAACCCGAUUAGAGAACUAUGAAGCCUACGCAUCUAAUACUUACUGAAGUCAUCGUUGCUCCGUAAUGUUUAUCGACAGCCUGUCUUUAACCGUGUAUGCACAGACAAACAGACGUAACUCUUAAAGGAAAUUCAUCAAAAACUUUUGCCCGGUGUCUUUUUCAUGAGCACACUGCCACCUGUUGGUAUUACCGUGCGAGACACUGUCGGCCAUGAUGGAUUUCGAAUUGACGUUUGCUAACACGCACACUACAACACAAAUCGCCUGCAAUUUUCAUUUGCAUCACUCAGCAACGUGUACACUGGCAAAUGUCAAAGCGAUCAAGCACUAGCGCCUCUGGUGGAAGGAUCGCGCAAAUCAAAUGAAAUUUGAAUUAAUCGUUAAAUGCAUAUGCCAAACCGUUUUGAAGAGUGUUACGUCUGUUUGUCUGUGGUGUAUGUGUGCUGCUCUACUGCGCUAUUCUCAUGUUACCUUGAUAACAAUUUCGGAUCGGAUAAGUGCUUGGCCGGGAUCUGUUGAAGUAAUUUCGUUUUUAUUUGUAAAUGUUUUUUUUUUCAGCUCGAUCCAGGUUGUUUUGUAAAAUAUCACCUCUUACAAAUAGGUCAUUACACUGCUACCUGACCGCAUUUAGUCAUUCUACAUCUACAUGCCUGGAGCGAAAAUACUGUAAUGCACAUUUUGGUUCAACAAGGGAAAGGGAAUGAAAUUCUCGAUUAUGGUCGCGAUCAUAGAAUGCUCUCUCAAACCCAUUAUCAGCGAAAAAAAAACCGUGUGAUAAAUUGAGACCCAGUUUUCCUCCGACCAUCUCGGAAAUGGAUUAUCACCAAGUUGAGCAAGUUGUGUGGUCGUGAUCUGACAUAGCAAUUCCACCGGACGCUUGGGUCAGCAUCAGUGAUUGAAAAGGUGAACCGUUUUUGUAUUUCUCGUACACUUAGUGUACAGGAAAGGCUACAUAAGGAAAGGAACAUAAGGAUGUUUUCGAUCACCUGGCAAUCAUUUCACUCAUUUAUCCAUAACUCAGUUCAGAAGCAUAAUAUUGAAAUAAAAUGUUCGGCAAACUUGUAGAUAAGUGUUUUUCCUAAAAUUAUCACCAGGGACGCCAUAUCCUAACUCUCAUAUAUGCGGCGUGACAGCGUAAGUACCACCUACUCAUACUAAACGAUCGAAAAAUCCGAUCGUUUAGUAUGAGUGGGCAGUACUAACACUUUUACGCCGUAAAUGUAAGAGUUAGAAUAUGGCGUCUUUGGUAUUAAUUGUUGGAAAAACAAUAAUCUACAAGUACAGGGUGCGGCAGGAAAAAAUGUGAAAAAUUCAAGGCACUAUUACACGCUAAAUAUGGGAUAUACAGGGUGUUAGGUUCCUGAGUGCAAACUUUUUAAAGGGUGAUAGAGGACCAUAAAUGGAGAAAAAAAAUGUUCUACGCAUAUGGUCAAAUCUCAACCGUUACGUAGUUAUUGAACUUCCCAUGUUUAUGACUCUUAUUGCCUUAACUGGCAAUAACUUGAAAAUGGUCAAACUUAUCGAAGUUUUUUUACCCUUAUUCGAAAGAUUAUUGAAUUUUCUAACAAAUGGCAUCUUUGAAUCGAUUGGUUUAGUUAAAUAACUAAGUUUUCUAGAGCAAAAUAGCUAAAAAUAGUGUAUUUUUAUUGGUUUUUGUCAAUUAUCUUUGAAACAUGCGUAAUAAAUUAAAAUUCUUUCUUUAGCAAAGUUGUGCCCCCUAUUACACUCUACAAUUCGUUUUUUGACACCAAACUUCUAGCUCUUAUCGUUUUGUUGCAAUUUUGAUUUAAAUGUGCGGCACAAUGCGCAAAAAAGUGCUUUCCAUGACAGUUGCAAAUUUAUGAUCUGAAAUGCGAUGUUAAAAUCGACUUUGCAACAAAACGAUAAGAGCUAGAAGUUUGGUGUCAAAGAACGAAUUGUAGAGUGUAACAGGGGCCGCAACUUUGCCAAAGAAAGAAUUUUAAUUUAUUACGCAUGUUUCAAAGAUAAUUGACAAAAACCAAUAAGAAUACACUAUUUUUAGCUAUUUUGCUCUAGAAAACUUAGUUAUUUAACUAAACCAAUCGAUUUAAAGAUGCCAUUUGUUAGAAAAUUCAAUAAUCUUUCGAAUAAGGGUAAAAAAACUUCGAUAAGUUUGACCAUUUUCAAGUUAUUGCCAGUUAAGACAAUAAGAGUCAUAAACAUGGGAAGUUCAAUAACUACGUAACGGUUGAGAUUUGACCAUAUGCGUAGAACAUUUUUUUUCUCCAUUUAUGGUCCUCUAUCACCCUUUAAAAAGUUUGCACUCAGGAACCUAACACCCUGUAUAUGACUAUUUUUUCAUGGCAGUGUAUCAGUCAAUGUCUAUAUUCUGGCACUGAAAAAUAAAAAUGAACAUAUUUGAUGUUUAACAUGUGAUAAUGUUAGCCUAAUAAGCGGGUAUCAAUAAACUGCGCGCCCAAUGGUCAUCUAACAAAAUGACAAUAACAGUAAAAAAAAUAGCUUAAAUUCGAUGAACAACCAGACCACAUGAUCCAGAGCCAUGUAGUUUCACAUACUAGAUGAAAUAAGUACAUAUAUUUGAUGAUAAUGUAGAGAUAAUUAAAAAUUUUGUUUUAUCAAUUACGAAAUUUAGCGACCUGUGUACUUUUCUGCGGUUUGAAAAUUCUGAUUGCCUUUAGCUUCAGGCGCCGCCCUCUAAAGGUUAGUGACCAAAAUCGGAAAAUUUUCAAUUAACUUUUCAGAAAACUAGCCUAUUAGAGAUCAUGAAACGUUGAAACAUAGAUUGGUUAACGUCAAAUGGACGAAAACGAGGUUUGAAGUUGAAAAACACUUUCGCAUUUUUUCCUGCCGCAUACUGUAUGCCGAACAUCACAUUUUAAUAUUAGGCUUCUGAAUUGAGUUAUAGACAAAUGAGUCAAAUGAUUGCCAGAUGAUCGAAAACAUCCUUAAGUUCUCUCCAAAAACGAUUUUUCGAUGGAAAGUUUGGAGUAUCAAGUCAUGUAAGCCAAUCAACUCAGAUCGACGAAUUCAGAUGAUGUAUGUUUUUGUGUAUGUAUGUAUGUUUUUUACAUCUAGGACUCCAAAAAUCUUCUAAUGACGCAAAAUUACAUGUAUUUUUCGAAGUGUGUAGCUCUGAUUUUACUUUGCAACUCGAAGCGUCAUUCUCGCAGUAACCAUCGACCAACCGACUUUUAGCUUGCCUAUCUCCAUCAGCUUGUUUGUAGCAGCGUCCACCUGUAAGCGAAUGGUAGGUGCCUGCAAACGCUUUGCUUAACCGAAUUUGCACCGGAUCAUCUAGCUUACACUGCUCGGUUAGUGUAAAUCUCAGUUCCUCUUCUGUCGUGAUCUCAUCCAGAUCCACGGGUCAAGCGAUGACUCGAUCACCGCCACCUGCACACUUCGAAAAAUACAUGUAAUUUUGCGUCAUUUAACGCCGACAUAUUGCAGCGAGUAGAAUGACGGAAUAAUACGUUAGUUUCAAAUGUAUAUUUACGUUCGCUCUUAAAAUUACAAGAGGCGAUCGGCAAUAAAAAAAAAUACACGCCAUGACGUAAACAUAAACUUUUACGGCAUGGCGUGCAUUUUUAGGUUAUGUUCACUGAGGAAUUUCUCUGGUUUUUAUCUAUUCAAUAAUAAUUCCCAACUCUACUCACUUGAUCCGAUGCAGAUUUGCCAGCAGAACCGAGCAGAACUAGCAGCAAACACUCACUUAUAAUAUAAAUAACUAGUUUAUAUGUGGACGCAGUAGCGCCCGUGGCCAGCGUUUUUUUUUAUAUUAACGGUUCAUGUGUUAUUCGUGCUUGUAGAUUUUAAAUAAAAAAGCAUUACAUUUUUCUACGUUUUGAAUAGAGUUUUUUUAUUUGGUGAAUUCAAUGAAACACCUGAAAAACUUCGGUGAAGUCACCGGACAAACAAAUAGGACUACAUAUCUUUGUUAUUUCCUGCAACUGUUUCAUUCGGUUGUCUAAGAGUGACAGAUUCUUUUUUGCAUUAAAAAAUCAAAAUUGUCAAAGUAUGUUGUCUGUGUUUUUUUUUCAUCAAAUGCUGUGUCUGGUUGUCUAAGGUUGUCACUGGUUUUGUUCUCUGCAUCUGAUAGUUAAAAAGAAUUUAAUCGUCAAAUAUUAAAAAAAAAACUAAAAUUUUCAACGCCUUUUUCAUCAAUGCUGUAUCUGGUUGUCACUGGUUUUGUUCUCUGAAGAAUGAAAGUGUCAAAUAUUUUUAAAAAUCAAAAUUUUCAACGUCUGUUGUCUGUGAUUUUUUUUUCAUCAAAUGCUGUGUCUGGUUGUCUAAGAUUGUCACUGGUUUUGUUCUCUGCAUCUGAUAGUAAAAAAUAAUUGAAGUGUCGAAUAAUAGAA